AUGGUUCAUUGUUCGAGACCGUGGACCCGCCCCGCCGCGCAACCCCCUGUCACUUGGCACGGCGUGGCGACAAGCCAGUCCUUCUCCGCCUGCCAUUGCCUUGAAAGACAGCAGUGCAAAUGCACUUUGACACCGGACAUUCGAGACAACGAAGAUGCGAUCGCCAUUGCGGCUCUCGGCCACGCCACGCAUUGCUUUCGUCCUCGCUGUCGCCUUCACGCUGCCGACCGCCGCCGGCGCGGGGCUACAGCGAGCUCAGUAUGGGGUUGACGCUCGCGUCGGUUCACCAAGCCAUGUCUUCCCAUUCCUAAAAUGGCUGCGCGACAGCGCCGUUGAAGUUGUUUUUGGAAAGCCAUCGAGUAGCACAAAGACAAUGUGGCCGAUCGCACAACUAUCCACUCGAUACCGGAACGAUGUUGUGGUCCGCUUCAACGUCACCAACUCAGAGGAGGAGGGUGCGCUCGCGAGGGCGGCCGAGCAGAUGUUCCUGGAUGUCUGGGCUUUUACACCGGAUUACGUCGAUCUUAGGCUAGGCAAGGACGAUGUGCCGGCACUCCUUACUCUGCUGCCCGGCACCUUGCAGCCCUCGGUCUUGAUUCCGGAUCUGGCCGCGGCAGUAUGGGCGACAUACCCUCCGGCCGCAGAGAACAAACGGUUCGAACCGCGCAUUGCCGAUGCCGCCAAAAUAAGGACGUCGCCGGAUGGGCUGGGAAAUAUCUUCUUUCGCGAUUACCAGACCCUGCCGGUGAUUACAAGCUGGAUGCGCCUUCUUGAGGCCAUGUUCCCAUCCAUCGCAAAUAUGACUAGCAUCGGGAAGUCAUACGAGGGUAGGGACAUCUAUGCCAUGCGCGUCGGUAUGCGGAACGAUUCUGGCGAAUCCAAGGGCCCCAGGAAGACCAUACUCAUUACUGGAGGCCUCCAUGGUCGUGAAUGGAUCUCGACGAGCUCCGUGAACUACCUCCUAUGGUCGAUAUUGGCAGCGUAUGACCGAGAACCGAUAGCCACCAAACUUCUGAGGAGUUUCGACAUUGUUUUCAUCCCUGUCCUCAACCCGGACGGCUAUGAAUACACUUGGCAGACGGACCGGCUUUGGCGCAAGUCGCGACAGCAGACAAAGAUGCGUUUCUGUCGCGGGCUUGACCUCGACCACGCCUUCGGAUACGCGUGGGACGCUGUGAGGCACCAGACUGACCCCUGCUCCGAGAGUUACGGUGGAGACCAGCCGUUCCAGGCCGUGGAAGCGUCCGUGCUGGAAAAGUGGGCCAGGAACGAGACCCAAAACGGGGUCCGCUUCGUCUCGUUUCUCGACCUGCACUCGUACUCGCAGCAAAUCCUCUACCCAUACGCGUAUACCUGCUCGGUCGAGCCACCGAAUCGCGAGAACCUCGAAGAGCUGGCUGUGGGGCUGGCCAAGGCUAUCCGGCUUUCAAGCGGGGAGCCGUACACCAUCACGUCAGCGUGUGAGGGAGCCGUUGUUAACGCUCACAGUGCGGGUGACUCGCUCCCCCGCAUGGAGGCGGGUGGUGGCUCGGCCAUUGAUUGGUUCUACCACGAGCUUCAAGCGCGAUACAGUUACCAGAUCAAGCUGAGAGAUACCGGGAGCUACGGAUUUCUGGUCCCAAGCGACAACAUUGUCCCGACUGGGGAGGAGGUGCUAAACGCUUUGAAGUACCUCGGCGACUACCUUCUUGGGAACAAUGGUAUAGAGGAGGCUCCCUUUCAGCAGCCGUCCGAGCUGUGGAAGGAUCUAAAGAAACGAAGGCGAUGAGAACACGCCGGGGGAGGCAUCACGACGUCAGAAUGUUUGCAGACACUAUUCGUGCAGUAGCUUGACGGUAUGACCAUUCAAGCUUUCAUGCCGUUUAAUGGGAGCGGGCUGGAUAGCCACCUUGGUAUCUAUAUCCUCAAGGGGCGAAUGGCGUUGGUUUGACUCAGUAACGGGGCGGCGGGGUUAAGACUUGCAUCAUGAUUCAGGAAACAAGAGACUCAAGUUUAUUGAUUAGUUUCCCUUCGGAAUCUGUAAUAGAGGCAUAUGAUGAGGCUCGCAGCGAAUUUCUGAUACGGAAACUCUCAUCCG